CCCGCCGCCGCCGCCCGGCCCCCGAGCACGCCGGCCCCGCGCACGCCUGGAGGCCGAGUCAAGGUGUGAGAUGCACAAUGCGAAACCUAGGCCCCAGCUUUUGCACCAUGAUACACAGGGUUGUACUUGUACUGAACUGAUAGGUGGCCUAGUGGUUAUGCCCUGUACUGCCAUUUUGAGGAUCUGCACUCCGUUUCCUGCCUUGCUCUUUGGACUACAUUGUCAAUUCACACCGAAACUAUGUUCCAACUUCCUGUCAACAAUCUUGGCAGUUUAAGAAAAGCCCGGAAAACUGUGAAAAAAAUACUUAGUGACAUUGGGUUGGAAUACUGUAAAGAACAUAUAGAAGAUUUUAAACAGUUUGAACCUAAUGACUUUUAUUUGAAAAACACUACAUGGGAGGAUGUAGGACUAUGGGACCCUUCACUAACCAAAAACCAGGACUAUCGGACAAAACCUUUUUGCUGCAGUGCUUGUCCGUUUUCUUCAAAAUUCUUUUCUGCCUACAAAAGUCAUUUCCGGAAUGUCCAUAGUGAAGACUUUGAAAACAGGAUUCUCCUUAAUUGCCCCUAUUGUACCUUCAAUGCAGACAAAAAAACUUUGGAAACACACAUUAAAAUAUUUCAUGCUCCCAACACCAGCGCACCCAGUAGCAGCCUCAGCACUUUUAAAGAGAAAAACAAAAAUGAUGGCCUUAAACCUAAGCAGGCUGACAGUGUAGAGCAAGCGGUUUAUUACUGUAAGAAGUGCACUUACCGAGAUCCUCUGUAUGAAAUCGUUAGGAAGCACAUUUACAGAGAACAUUUUCAGCAUGUGGCAGCACCAUACAUAGCCAAGACCGGAGAAAAAUCCCUCAAUGGUGCCGUCCCCCUGGGUGCAAAUACCCGAGAAGAGUGUAGUAUUCACUGCAAGCGAUGCCUUUACAUACCAAAGUCCUAUGAAGCUUUGGUGCAGCAUGUCAUUGAAGACCACGAACGUAUAGGCUACCAGGUCACUGCCAUGAUCGGUCAUACAAAUGUGGUGGUUCCCCGAUCCAAACCCUUGAUGCUGAUUGCUCCCAAACCUCAAGAGAAAAAGGGCGUGGGACUCCCACCAAGAAUUGGUUCACUUGCUUCUGGAAAUGUCCGAUCUUUGCCGUCACAGCAGAUGGUGAAUCGAUUGUCAAUACCAAAGCCUACCUUAAAUUCCACGGGAGUCAACAUGAUGUCUAAUGUUCACAUGCAGCAGAACAACUAUGGAGUCAAAUCUGUGGGCCAGGGCUAUGGUGUUGGUCAGUCCAUGAGACUGGGACUAGGUGGCAAUGCACCGGUUUCCAUCCCUCAGCAGUCCCAGUCUGUAAAACAGCUACUUCCAAGCGGGAAUGGAAGGUCUUAUGGGCUCGGGGCAGAGCAGCGGUCCCAGGCACCAGCCAGAUACUCUCUGCAGGCUGCUAAUGCCUCUUCUCUCUCAUCAGGCCAAUUGAAAUCUCCUACUCUGUCCCAGUCACAAGCAUCUAGAGUAUUGGGUCAGUCCAAUUCUAAACCUACAACAGCUGCCACAGGCCCUCCCCCAGCCAAUACUUCUGCAACUCAAAAAUGGAAAAUAUGUACAAUCUGUAAUGAGCUUUUCCCUGAAAAUGUCUAUAGUGUGCACUUCGAAAAAGAACACAAAGCUGAGAAAGUCCCAGCAGUAGCCAACUACAUCAUGAAAAUACACAAUUUUACUAGCAAAUGCCUCUAUUGUAAUCGCUACUUGCCCACAGAUACUUUGCUCAACCAUAUGUUAAUUCAUGGUCUGUCAUGCCCCUAUUGCCGCUCAACGUUCAAUGAUGUGGAAAAGAUGGCCGCACACAUGCGAAUGGUUCACAUUGAUGAAGAGAUGGGACCUAAAACGGAUUCUACAUUGAGUUUUGAUUUAACAUUACAACAGGGCAGUCACACCAACAUCCAUCUCCUGGUAACAACAUACAACCUGAGGGAUGCCCCAGCUGAGUCUGUUGCUUACCAUGCCCAAAAUAACCCUCCAGUUCCUCCAAAGCCACAGCCAAAAGUUCAGGAAAAGACAGAUGUCCCUGUCAAAAGUUCACCUCAAGCUGCAGUGCCCUAUAAGAAAGAUGUUGGGAAGACCCUUUGCCCUCUUUGCUUUUCAAUCCUGAAGGGUCCCAUCUCCGAUGCACUUGCACACCACUUGCGAGAGAGACACCAAGUGAUUCAGACAGUGCAUCCGGUCGAGAAGAAGCUCACCUACAAAUGUAUCCAUUGCCUUGGCGUGUACACCAGCAACAUGACCGCCUCCACCAUCACUCUGCAUCUGGUCCACUGCAGGGGAGUUGGAAAGACCCAGAAUGGCCAGGAAAAGACAACUGCACCUUCUAGGCUCAAUCAGUCUCCAGGCCUGGCACCUGUGAAACGCACCUAUGAGCAGAUGGAAUUUCCCUUGCUGAAAAAGCGCAAGUUGGAUGAGGAUAGUGAUUCCCCCAGCUGCUUUGAGGAGAAGCCUGAAGAGCCUGUCAUUUUAGCUUUGGACCCCAAGGGUCAUGAGGAUGACUCCUAUGAAGCCAGGAAGAGCUUUCUGACAAAGUAUUUCAACAAACAGCCCUAUCCCACCAGGAGAGAGAUUGAGAAGUUGGCAGCCAGUCUAUGGCUGUGGAAGAGUGACAUCGCCUCCCAUUUCAGUAACAAAAGGAAGAAGUGUGUUCGUGAUUGUGAAAAGUACAAGCCCGGUGUGCUGCUGGGCUUUAACAUGAAAGAAUUAAAUAAAGUCAAGCAUGAGAUGGAUUUUGAUGCUGAGUGGCUAUUUGAAAAUCAUGAUGAGAAGGACUCCAGAGUCACUGCUAGUAAGACUGUUGACAAAAAGCUGAACCUUGGCAAGGAAGAUGACAGCUCCUCAGAUAGUUUUGAAAACUUGGAAGAGGAAUCCAAUGGAAGUGGUAGCCCUUUUGAGCCUGUUUUUGAAGUUGAGCCCAAAAUUCCUAGUGAUAGCCCAGAGGAGCAUGUGCCCACAGUGAUUCCUGAGCAUGCGUUAGAAUCAGAGGAGAAGCCAGACCAAAAAGAGGAGGAUGGUUCAAAAUACGAAACUAUCCACUUGACUGCGGAACCAACCAAACUGAUACGUGACGCCUCUGAUAGUGAAGUAGACCAAGAGGAUGUUGUGGAAUGGAAAGACGGAGCUUCGCCAUCCGAGAGCGGGCAUGGCUCCCAACAUGGGUCGGACUUUGAGGAGAACACAUGUGAAAUGAAGCCAGGAACCUGGUCUGACGAGUCUUCCCACAGUGAAGACGCAAGGAGCAGUAAGCCAGCUGCUCAGAAAACAGCUACCGUGCAAGGUGACAGAGAGCAGUUGAAAUGGAAGAAUAGUUCCUAUGGAAAAGUUGAAGGGUUUUGGUCUAAGGACCAGUCACAAUGGGAAAAUGCAUCUGAGAAUGCCGAGCGCUUAUCGAACCCCCAGAUCGAGUGGCAGAAUAGCACAAUUGACAGUGAGGAUGGGGAGCAGUUUGACAGCAUGACUGACGGGGUCGCUGAGCCCAUGCACGGCGGCCUGCCGGGAGUGAAACUGAGCAGCCAGCAGGCCUGAGGGCCUGGCUGCAUGGCCCGCGACAGGCUGCAGCGCGGAGCUCUCCUUCCAGACUGACUGCAAAGUGGUCUUCUCACUGGCUCCUGCCUUCAAGGACUGGUCAGCAGGCUAUGGGGACAUGUGGCAGCUCAGUCUCAGUGGUCAUGAUCGUCUGUGACACACGAUUGGCUGAUUGUACUUCAGACCCUUCUCCGGCAGACACGGUAACUAAAUGUGAAAAGCCAAUAACCUGGUGGCUCACGGAUGCACACAGGGAAGAGCAGGCAUUUCUCUGCCUUUCCAGCAUUUCUUUCCCUCGGUUAACUUUGGGUGUCCAUGAAAAACGUUACCCAAAGUACAUGGUAGUGUAGGGCCAACGUACACACCACCACUCUAAUGUGUAUAGUAGACUCUGGGAAGAUCAACUUUUUCAUGUACUCAUUCUGAAUAGCUGAAAUGUAUAUUUGUACAGUCUUUUAGCUCUCGAGUGAUGCUUAUGAUGCGUUUCUGUGUGCCCAUCCUAGACCUGUUUCUUUCUUUAGUUCCCCUUGCUGUGUCAUACAUGCUGUGUCUAGUUUACCCAGCAGAAGCUUGACCCUGCGCUAGUACGGACCUUUGGACAGACUUAGUUUUUGCACAUAACCUUGUACAAUCUUGCAACAGAGGCCAGCCACGUAAGAUAUAUAUAUCUGGACUCUCUUGUAUUAUAGAAUUUUUCUUGUUCUGAGUAUCCUUGACAUCACGGUUGUCAAACAAAACUGGUAUUUCAGAGGUUUCUGAAAUCUUUUAAGCUAAAAUCACAUGCAAGAAUUGACUUUGCAGCAACUAAUUUUGACACCUUUUAGACCUGUAUGAGAGUGUUGUGUUGAAGCAGCGAGCACAGUGGAGUGCUGCAUUUGGAUAUUUAGUUUUACCUUUAGUUGAGUACCUCCCUGCUGCAUUCAUUUAUACCACCUAAUAUAUGACACACGUUGUAGUAUGUAUAAUUUUGUGAUCUUUAUUUCCCUUUGUAUUCAUUUUAAGCAUCUAAAUAAAUUGCUGUAUUGUGCUUAAUGUAAA